AUGGCUUGGGUCCGCAACACAGCAGAGGGAACGACGACUGAUGGCCCGAAAAUCACGGGUAUAACGACAGGGUUUACGGCACUCUCGCUGUGCAUCGUGUGUCUUAGGCUCUAUGUGAGAGGGUUCAUGAUCAAGUCGUUUGGCCACGAUGACUGGGUGAUUGUCAUCGCCUGGCUUGGCAUCUGUGGAUACACAACGGCUACUGUUAUCCAAACAACAUGGGGUCUAGGUCUCAAGAGCCUGGAAGACAUGCCUGAUGAGAAUGUCUACACGUUUGGCUUGGUGCAAUACAUAGGGGCACCAUUUUAUGUUGUCGGUAUUUACGGUUUUAAAAUGAGCCUGCUUCUAUCAUACAUGCGCGUCUUCCCCGGCAACUACCGUAUUGCGGCCAUUAUCGUCGCCGUCAUCAUCAGUAUGGCACAUAUCGCCUUUAUCUGUGUCUUUCUCUUUCUCUGCACUCCGAUUGCCAAGCAAUGGGAUCCAAGCAUCACAGGGGGCCACUGUGCAGACGCCGUGCCAUUCUACCUCAGCUUUUCCGCGCUGACGAUUCUAUUCGAUGUCAUGAUUUUGGUCUUGCCGUUCCCUGCCCUCCUCAAGUCUCAGAUCCAACUUCGCAAAAAGGUUGUCCUCCUUGGCCUCUUCGGUCUCGGGAUCUUUGUCACCAUCGUCCAAGUCAUUCGAAUCCAAACGAUUCAAAACCUAAAGAACUACCUCGACUCCUCGAAAGCCAUCCUAUGGUCCAUCAUCGAAACGAAUACGGGCAUCAUCAUCGCCUCUAUACCAACGCUCUCCCCCCUCGUCAAGUACUUUGCCGAAAAGUCGAGAGCGGCCACUUCCUCGGCUUCAUACAAUUUGAACUCGCAGUAUGCUUUGCAGAGUUGGAAGAGCAAGAAAUCUGGCAUGAGGCCACUUGGGAGCGGAGUUGAUCACGAGGCACACGUCUCGACUGAAGCGCAUCUGGAUGACAGUACCGAGAACAUUCUCAUCAUGUCUCCUGGGAUCCGGAAGCAAACUAGUAUCAUAGUGGAGAGCAAGGAGGCUUCAACUAAGAGUAGGAGGGACUCGUCUAGUGCUUAG